AUGCCCGACUUCUCCUUCCCACCGGACUUCACAAUUCCCACCCCACGUCUGCAAAUCAGCCCCUUCAACCCCACCGACCCGACCCACUGCGCCUUCUUAGUCCAACUCUGGAAUACAGACGAUUUUAUCAGUUCCUGUGGGAAAACCGGAAUAACCACACCGGAAAAGGCAUCUUCAUUCCUCGCAGGCAGGGUUGCAGCACACUACGCCUACCAUGGCUAUGGCAUAUUCCUCGUCUCGCGAAAGACUGAUGAAGGCCUGAAGCCGAUCGGCACUGUAUCGCUCAUGAGAGGAAUUCCACCAGACCCAGGUUAUCUUGCCCCGGAUAUCGGGUUUGCUAUUUUACCAGAAGAAGGUCGGAAGGGGUAUGCGACCGAAGCUGCAAAGGGUCUGUUGCAAUAUGCGAAGGAAACUCUUGGGAUCGAUGCUGUAUUUGGAUUCUGUUCGCCUACGAAUCAACGGAGUCGCGGGGCAUUGGAGAAGAUUGGGAUGGAGUUUAGGGGGAUUAGGCCUUUGAAAGUUUUUGGUACUGAGGAUAAUGCUGUUUAUGUUUUGCCUGGGAUGAGUGAGGAUUUGAGUGUUUAUAAUCUUGAUUGA